UGAUAAAGAUCACAUGUUAUACAGAUACCAUUUGUGACAUUUUAAGCAAGAAUUUUAAUAGAGACGUACAGAAACACAGAGCUAUCAGAGAGAUGAAGUUCUUAAUUUUAGCUGGUGUGAUUUUUUCAAUCUGUGAGUCAAGGAAUGUAACUGUUAACACAACCUAUGGACUACUAAGGGGUGAGGUAAAAACAAUACCGGGAGAAUACCCGGAAGGUACCAUGAACAAUAUUACAAUAACGCAAUUUCUUGGGGUUCCCUUUGCCAAAGCACCGAUCAAUGAGCUUCGUUGGAAGGCACCUGUUGAACAGGACUCAUGGACUGGAGUAAAAGAUGCACUAAACUAUGGUAAUAUAUGCUGGCAGGCCUAUCGUCCAGACUUUGAGAUGUCCGAGGACUGUCUAGUUCUGAAUAUAUGGGUCCCUGGCGAUGUACCUGUUGAUGAUAUGAUGAAACUAAACCUGAGUGUCAUGCUGUACAUUCAUGGUGGAUCUUUUCAAAGUGGCACAGGAAAUUCCAGGGAUAUAAUGGGAGGUUACAUGGCUCAUGACAACAAUGUUGUCAUGGUAACUGUCAAUUAUCGUUUAGGAGUACUUGGGUUUCUAUCAACAGAAGACACAGUGGCUGAAGGUAACUACGGUCUCCUAGACAACAUUAUGGCUCUUAGAUGGGUCAAGGAUAAUAUCAAAUAUUUUGGCGGUAAUCCCAAUUCUGUGACCAUAUUUGGAGAAUCAGCUGGUGCGGCUGCAGUGUCACAUUUAAUGUUGUCUCCAAUGGCAACAGGACUCUUUCAGAGGGGUAUAACACAAAGUGGUGUUGCUACAGCAUUUUGGGCUGUUGCUAGGGAUUAUCUCAGGGAGCUGACACACAUGCUGGGCGACAAACUUACCUGUGAGAAUUCUAACUCAGAAGCCUUAAUAAAGUGCCUCAGAGAAAAGAACCCGCAAGAAAUCAUAAAUGCAACGAUACAGCUGAACACAGAGAUACAACUGAGUAGAAAUGACACACAAAGUAUAUUCCUACCCCGGAUAGAUGGUAAGGUCUUAAAUGACGAUCCAUUGAAGCUACUACAAUCAGGAGAUUUCUACCCUUAUGACUAUAUGACAGGAGUUACCAGUCACGAGGGAUGGAUGAUGUGGUACAUUACAGCUCAAGGGGUCGCUAAACCUCUACAAAAUGGAAUCAACUCGACUGAUUUCGAUAUUCUUACCAAAUAUUGGAUGCGGUUCCUUCAGCAUCCAUCACAGUGGGAAAAGGUUUCUAAAGCAAUCAAGCUAACUUAUGAUGUUUACACUAAUCAAGGAGAGAGCAUUGAGCGGUCCAAGGCAUAUGUAGACUCCAUGACAGACAGCACAUGGGCAGCAGACAAUGAAAGAUUCGUCAAAUUAUACAGCAAGAAAUCAAAGAAUGUUUACAAUUAUUAUUUCUCACCAAGAGUUUCCUAUGACCAACGUGUACUUAAUUACCCACAGCCUGUACCUGAUUGGGUCUUAGCUUCCCACGCUGAUGACAUUCCAUUUGUAUUUGGCAAGACGAAAUACACAUGGUAUGAUGUCACAACUAAUGAAGAGAGAGCACUCAGUGAUGUUGUCAUGAAGGCAUGGGCAAACUUUGCAAAAAAUGGAGACCCAGGAGUUGUAGCUGGUGUAACUUGGCCAAAGUUUACUGAAGAAAGUCCAACAUACCUUGACUUAACAACCCCCGUCACAAAUAUCACAACAAUAGAGUCAUUUCUCCCAAGAAAGAUGUCAUUUUGGCAAGACUUGGUCUGGCCCUUGUUAGAUCAACCCAAUAAAUGCACUGAUCAACCAACAGGAACUCCAAUAACAGAUGCGCCAAGCAAUACUUCGCAGUCGAUACACUAUUUUAUAUAUUCAACAAUAUUGCUUCAGUUGGGUCUCAUUCUGCAAUGGAAACUUCAAUAAUCAGGCUGCAUUUUAUGCAAACAAAUGGGUGAUUACAAAACUGUUGUAAAUAUGGACAUUGAUGCAAACAAAUGGGUGAUUACAAAACUGUUGUAAAUAUGGACAUUGAUUGAGUUGCUCGUACAUCUAGGAGACAAGUGAUAAAGGGCAACAUUCAAAAAUAUUGCAAAGAUCCAACACUUAAGCAAAUUAAGCAGCAUUAUAACACUGAACCAAAAUACACAAAUUACAGAACAACAACAGCAAUGUCUUACUUUGAAAACUCGUUAAACUUUGUGUGUUUUUGUGUCAGUUAUUUGUGAACAGAAUUUUUUCCAACUGCCUUAGAAGAGACUUUUUUGUGUUUUUGUUUCUCAAAAUACAUCUAGAGGUGAUUUUUUUUUUUUUUUUAUUAAUCAUCAUUAUUUUAUUCCAGUAAAACAAGUUGACAAAACUAUACAAUUGCCAAAGUCUAGUGACAUUGUCUGCAAUUUUGAAUGUAAUCUAUAGGAAUGUUAUUUAAAUUUUACACAAUAAGUUGUUUUCACAUUAUGUUAUCGUUAAAAUAGAUGAGAAAAAAGUCAAUAAAAUACCACUUAACUACACUUGUAUAUCUUAAA